AUGGGCAAAGUAAGGCCCCAAGGCCAAGAGCGCAAGGAUGGCGAGGAGGUGGAUACCGUGCGCAUGGAGGCCAGGGAGGUGCUGAUGCUGGAUCGCAACGGCCGCCGCGACGAGGCGAUCGCCCGCGCCCACGAGCUUGUGGCCAGGCAUCCGGACUCCGCGCUCGUGGCCCAGCUCGCCGCGGGCCUCCACUACGAUUCUACCACCCGCGCCAUCGCUGCCAAAGACAAGGAGGGCAUCACGAAGAACUGCAACGCUGCGCGCGACUUGUAUCUCCAUGCCCAGCGGCUGGCCCCCAACUGCGUCGAGAUCACCGCCCGCCUGGCGGUGGCGCGGAUCCGGUGCUUCCAUGACGGCGAGGCGUUGCCGGAGAUCGAGCGCGCCUUAGCCAUCCCCUUCCCCUGCGACCCCGCCGAGAACAACGUCGCGUACGACCUGAUGCCCGAGAACACCCCCAAGGCCAGGGUAGAGAAUGCGAAGAAGUGGGCUACCGAGCGCCAUCAACGGAUUCUGUCCUGCGUGCGCAACAAGACCAUUCCCGAGUACGUCCGCUCCUUGAUCGAGUACGCCGGGAGCCAUGGCGUGGCCAACGCGAUCCAGCCAGUGAGGGAGUUCGCCGAGCGCUACUCCUACUCGGUGCGCGCGCCGCUGACCAACGCAUACAUCAACCUGGAGUUCGCGCGCGGCCUUGCCCCGGGCAUUGACAAGCGGCAGUUCCUGUCUCGCAUCCUCCGCGAGUUGAACAGCGUGGCAAAUCAGUUCGAGACCUCGCUAGUGCUCGCCAUGGUCCGCACGAAGCUCUUGUUUGUGCUGGGUUUGUAUACUGCUAUGGCAAGUGAGUACGUCCGGGCGAUGGACAUAGAGAGUCCUCCUGAUCCGCAAUUUGAGGACAUACCUCCUGGAUCUGUCCGAGGAGACAAGCAUGAAGACAGAAUAUCUUCUAUCCGCACAGAACUUGUCAGUUUACAACAGAAGCUUUUAUUGAUAGCCAGAGAUUACUGGUCGUCCUUGACAAGGGGGCAGCAGCGCGGUGUUCUAUCGGCGGGGUUCAAUUCGAUGCAUCAAUACUAUGUUAGAGUUUACGAUGAUAGCCACGAGGCUGCAAAGACCAUAUCUGACGCACUCAGCUUUGUCAAGAAAAACAGGUCAUGGAGGUAUUGGAUUUGCCCCUAUUGUGUUGGCAAGAAGAUCCCAGACACUGAUGCGCUCUUGAAACACAUGCACAAGAAGCACUCGGAAGGGAGUGUCUGGCCGAAGCUGCUGUCUGUGUUAGACCCAAAAUUGAUUCCUGAUACAUCCCAGGGUGAACGUUUCUCGGAUGACGCAACUCUCUGUCAAGAUCCAGAUGAGCAUUAUGUCUUCCAUUUCAAACGCGUUCGGCCAUCUAGCAUAAAUCAACCAAUGCCGUUUUCGGAAAUACGAGGGAAUAAAUGCACAGAAGGAGUUGAAAUCCUUGAGAAGAUCAAGCUAAAGCUGAAGAAUGCCCCUGCAGAUGUUUUAAGCACCAAGUUUAAUCAGGCUUGUGCUGAAAUCCGGGACCUGUGGCAUUAUUUUCUUAAAGUCUCUGCUCUGGAUUUUCGUGUAGUCAUCGUACCCCUUGCGGUAUCUUUCAUAUGGGAACGGUUUCUGCAAUGCAUCGGUGAUGAUAAAAAGGUUGCCAGUAAGAGUGUUGAUGCUGCUGACAUUGAUGCUGUAUUUCCAUAUGUUGGUGAUACCCCUGAGAUUGAUGAAAUGUUUCUUCAUGUCGAUGAUGCCCUCGACGAAAAUGCUGCUGAUAAUGAUGCCAUACGUCCUCAGGUUCCUGAUGCCCCUGACAGUAAUGUUGCUAAUAUUGAUACAAUACUUCCUAAUGUUGUUGAUACCUCCAACAGCAAUGCUGCUGAUAAUGAUGUCAUCCAUCCUAAUGUGCCUGAUGCCUCUGACAGUAAUGUUGCUAAUAUUGAUGCAAUACUUCCUAAUGUUGUUGAUACCUCUGACAGAAAUGCUGCUGAUAAUGAUGCCAUCUGUCCUAAUAUUCCUGAUGCCUCUGACAGUAAGGGUGCUCAUAUUGACGCAAUACUUCCUAAUGUUGUUGAUGCCUUCAAUAGCAAUGCUGCUAACGAUGCAGUAUGUCCUGAUAGUGGCGAUGUCCCUGACAACAAUGCUGCUAAUAUUGAUGAAAUUUGUCUUAACACUCUUAACACUGCUGGCAUCAAUGACAGAAAUACUUCUGAUAAUGAUGCAGUAUGUCCUAAUGUUGGUGAUGCCCUUGACAGCAAGGCUGCUGAUAUUGAUGCAAAAUUUCCUAACGUUGCCAAUGCCCCUGACAGAAAUUUUGGUGUCAAAGAUUGCUCCAAUUUCUCCCAUGAAAACGAGGCCCAGAAAUAUGAAGUCAACGAAAAACCAGAGAACAUCAUGCUGCCUUGCUCAGAUGUCACAUCAACACAUGGAGAAGAUAAAGAAAGAAAUUCUGAUGUCGAAGAUGGCUCCAAUCUCUCCCAUGAAAACCAGGCCAACAAAUAUGAAGUCAAUGAAAAAACAGAGAACAUUAUGCUGCCUUGCUCAGAGGUCACAUCAAUAGAGGGAGAAGAUAAAGAAAGAAAUUCUGAUGUCAAAGAUGGCUCCAAUCUCUCCCAGGAAAACAAGGCCCAGAAAUAUCAAGUCAAAGAAAAACCAGAGAACAUUGUGCUGCCUUGCUCAGAUGUCACAUCAACAGAUGCAGAAGAUAAAGAAAGUGAGUCACAUGUUAAAGAUGAGAAUUAUGGUGCCACAGUAAACGAAAACGAGUCAAGUCCACCAACUGAAAUGGUGGAAUAUAGCGACAAGCUGGAUGCAACACCAGGACAUAUGGAGGCAAAUCUAAAAGAUGACAGCCUGCAUGGAACUUCUUUACGCAGCUUAAGUGAACAUACUUACAGCACAGCAAACACUGCUUCACGAUUGUUAGGAGAAUUUGACCAAUCUACCGAGGAAAUUGCAAGCAUUUCCUGCUACCAAAAAAGUAUUGAUGUUCUAAACAAGAACAAUGUGGAGGAAGACCUGCGCUUUCUGAAUAUGAUAAUACAGUUACUGUGGAAUUUGAAGGACUUCCGCAAUGAAAUUCUGUGGCAGUAUUCCUUUGACAUAAUGCAUGAUGGCCUCUGCGUUUCUGAAAAAUUAUAUAAGAUCUUCUCUGCAUGGGAGAAAAAUGAACACUCUAAAAUGGUUCAUUUGCUAUCUGAUGUGAAGAACACUUUGUGCGGAAUUGCAAAUGACAGCAAUAUGUUUCAAACGGCUGGAAGAAAUAUUGCAUCAGAAAUUAUGACUUUUAUUCUUCAGGGGCUGCAAAAGUUUGAUAAUUCUAUAUAUGUUGGUUCCAUGAGAAUUGUAAUGGAUGCACCGUGCAGAAGUUGUGUAUGGUACACACUUGGUCUUUUCGGGAUAAGAUUGAAGCAACUUAUGAGCUGCAGAUGUGGAGAGUGGUUUGGUGAAGAAUAUUUUUCGUAUUUUCAUAAACUUGAUGCAAGUUUACUUCAUAGCACAAAGAUCAAUUCCUUUGAAGACCUUCCAAUGUUAAUGGAUUCACAGUCCAAUUAUGUGAGAAGUUGCAAUAAGUGUUCUGGAAGUGUCAACCAAAUUGGUUGUUUUCUUUUAAAGGGUCCACAAUUCUUCACAAUAGUUUUGAAGGAUUGGCUGGGUAGCGAUGAAAGCAAGGCUACCUUGUCUGAAGCAUUGUUUGGCAUUGCGUCUCCCCUUGACAUUACAAUUCUCUACAAUGGUGUUACAUUUCCUCACGAAGUUGGUCACUCUGCAACCAAGUAUCGUCUGGUCUCAGCGAUUAGCUACACUGAAUGUGGUGGUUAUGCCUGCGUUGCUCGUGAUCAGGACAAGUGGCUCAAGUAUUGCCCUAUGAUGGUCAAGACAGUAGAUUCUUGGGAGGAGCAACUCGAACUUUACAGGCAGAUCAACCUCCAACCUGAAGUCCUAAUAUAUGAAGUCAUCAAGUAGUUAUUUCACCCUUCCACUGAUCUGGUAUAAGAAUUCGAAUUGUAACUACAUCAGUGCAAGCUUUUGGAUUCGAUCGAAUUAGAUGGACGGAUGAAUAGACAUAUGGGGUACAUGAAGCAAGAUAAGAGGAAGAUGUAGAAGAUAGAGGUAGGGACAGUGGAUUGAUUCUUUUUACUAAAGAUUUUGUAGAUUGAUUAGUGUUUCUUUGAUAGUUUUUGGCCCUCUAUAUUUA